AAGACCUGUCAGGGAUAAAAAAAUUGAAAAACUUAUUGUUGGAGAAUUUAAUAAUUAUUUUGGACAUUAUUUACCUCCUGGAAAGUACUUGCCAUGUCUUAUAUCUAUAACCAUUCCACCUGAAGCUAUUGAUAUAAAUUUGGAACCAGAUAAAUCCCGAAUUUUAUUUCAUAAUCAGGAUAUGAUACUACUUAAUCUUAAAAAAUGCAUUACUGAAUAUUAUUAUAAUGAUAAAAAAGAGAAYGAUCCGUCUAAUAAUAAUAAAAGAAAAAUACCUUACGAUUCAGAAGAAGUCCAAGCUAAAAAAUCUCCAAUCUUAAUGUCACAGGUUAAUGAUUCUUUUUUUCCAAAUGCAGAGUCAACUAAAAUUAUUAGCAAUGAUUCAUUGAACUCUGUAUUAAACAACGAUGAGCAUACACAAAUUGUUAAGGAAUUAAGUUUAGAAGAUAUUGAUUUUGAAGAGCCAUUUAUUUCAAAAAAAAAUAUAAGUGACAAAAUGUUAUGUUUGGAAAAUAACAAAGUGGAAAGUACCGAUGAUAUUUCAGAGUAUCGUAAAAAGUUAUUGAAUAUUGGAAACACUUCUUCUCUUCAAACUGAUGGCGCAAGUGUUAAAAAUUUUGAUACUGAAGACAUAUCAAUUUCACAAUGGAGUAAAGGUGAUGUAAUUCUAAAUGGAAAACCAUUAGAGAGUGGAGUGGUGUUAAAGACUGAUUUAUUGCAUGGAAAUGUAGAGAAAAACAAUAUGCCAAAAAUUGAUUCAGAAACUGAAAUUCUUCAUUCUAAAACUGUAACUCAAAUGGAUGAAAAUAUUGUAAUGAAAAAUUAUAAUCCAGUAAAUACAAAUGAUGAAUCUUCAGAAAAUAUUUCAUUCAAAUCAUCAAAUAGUAGUAUGAAGCAAUUAAAACUUGAACCACUUUUUCGUACAGUUUCUGUUCCUGAUGAGCAAGUUCCUGGUCUUCACCAUUUAGUAAAUCGUCCACAGUCAUGGGUGCCUCAACCUAGAUCAAAAAGACCAACAAGAGAUGUUCCUGAAGAAGAUCUUUGUGAAACUAUUCGUAGUGUCAGCAGUCAAAUGGGAAACAAAGAGAUGUCAGGAUUUACACUGUUUGCUAGGGAAAUAAGAACUAAAAUCAUUCGAGAAAAUCCAGGGAUAGAAUUUACAAAAGUAAGCAAAGAACUUGCCAGAUUAUGGGGUGAAUUGAGYGAAGAUGAAAAAUYAAGGUAUAAAAAAUUGUCUAAUGAACAAAAAAAAGUGGUAAUAUCCACUAAAACAAAUGAUGUAGAAUUACCAAAAAAAUUAUUUCAAUCUAYCCCUAAGAAUCUUGAAAGGCAUUCUACCCAAAUUAACGUAGAAUUAUCUGAGAUCAAAAGAAAUAUUUUUAAGACGCCUAAAAUGAUUUCAUCAGAAUUUAUGCUUGUUGGUCAAAUCGAGGACAAUAAUUGGAUUUGUUGUGUGCGUAAUGAAAUACAAGCUUUAAAUAUUUGUCGUCUUCAAGAAGCUGUAAUUUUUUUCCAAAAGUUAGCUGAUAGUGAGAUACCUUUGAARAUGUUAGACCAAUCAAUUAUAACAAACAAAAAGUUUUUGGGUGAGAAAAACUAUCGGUUUUUAAUGGAUCUGGAUACUUCGUAUGAACCAUCAGCUGAUAAAUAUACUAUAACAGAUAAAAGAAUAAUUAAGAAUGGUUUUAAUGUUGUUAUUGUUUUUAAUGAUGAUACUGAAAAUCCUGAUAUAAACAUCACAGAUGUGGCUCUUCAUAUUUCAACAUAUGGCGYUGAGGAACUCAAACAACUUUUAGAAUUAAUGCAAUUAGAACAUGAAAAUAAUCUACAUUGUUGCCGUCCAUUGAAAGUGGUCAACUAUCUCCGGAGUGAAACAGUGAGACAUUGCAAAACAAUUGGACUCCCUAAAACAAAAGAAGAAAUAAAUGACCUAUUGGAGUAUUGGUUUAAAAAUGAGAAGURUUUCUCUCAUAAUACUUGCAUUCAUUACAAAAAAGUUUUUUCAUCAAUACAUUGUAUUAAUGAGAAAUCAAGAACAUAAAAAUAUUCGGUAUUAUAAUCCUUGGUGRAGUUAAAGUAUCAUAUACAUUGUAAAUCUUUUG